GGCCGGAAGUGCUUGCGCUCGGCCUUUCCCGUCCUGACUGGCGGACGAGGCCGGCGUGCUCCGAGCGGUCGGAGCUAACCGCUGCCCAGUGGGCCGCUGUGGCCGGGCGCACCCCACAGUCGGGAGAAGAUGGUGGGCCGGAACAGCGCCAUCGCCGCGGGCGUGUGCGGCGCCCUCUUCAUCGGGUACUGCAUCUACUUCGACCGCAAGAGGCGAAGUGACCCCAACUUCAAGAACAGGCUUCGAGAAAGAAGAAAGAAGCAGAAACUUGCCAAGGAGAGAGCUGGACUUUCCAAGUUACCUGAUCUUAAAGAUGCCGAAGCUGUUCAGAAAUUCUUUCUUGAAGAAAUACAGCUUGGUGAGGAGUUACUAGCACAAGGUGAAUAUGAGAAAGGUGUAGACCACCUGACGAAUGCAAUUGCUGUGUGUGGACAGCCUCAGCAGCUGCUGCAAGUACUACAGCAGACUCUUCCACCACCAGUGUUCCAGAUGCUUCUGACCAAGCUUCCAACCAUCAGUCAGAGAAUUGUAAGUGCUCAGAGCUUGGCUGAAGAUGAUGUGGAAUGAACCAGUUAGCAACAUGAUAAAAUCUCUGUUUAAAUGAUUUUAAAAAUUCUUAACUUGGAGGUUGAGCAGCUCUGGGGAAUAAGGGCAAAUAUGCUUUUAUGGACUGUCCUACACUGAAAUCUACCAAAGUGAAUGUUUACUUUGAGUAGAUCCAUUGUCUGUUUUAUUUAUUUUUCCCAGUGAAAGUGUAUUUUGAUAGAGCUUUUCGUUUUAUAAAUACACUGAGUUACCAAAAUAUCAUGGAUUUUGUUUGUUCCUUAAGACAUGCAGUUAAAAUGUAAAUACAGUAGAACAUUACUUAGGUUAAAACUCCCAGUGAGCAGUUUCAAAAGAUUGGGAAAAGGUGUGGAAGAUAGUUGAAGAAUGCACAUUUUUAAAGACUGGUACAUUUUCCUGUAAAUUAUAAAAUUGGAUAGAAACUGUGUUUGUGAAAACUGAGCAUUAAAAUCUUCCAGAGAGCGGCUCUUUCUGUUUACUCGUAAA